AUAAUCUAUAAGAAAAAAAUGUCUAUAACAACACUUUACUAUUUACAACUUAAAAAAGAAAAUGCUCAUGAAGAGGCUAUCUGGUGUUGUGGUUGGAGUCAAAUAAGUAAUAAAAAGCCAAAAGAGACCAAGGAGAAUGAGGAAAAUGCAGAAAAUAAUGAAAAUUCUCAAGAUUCAAACAAAGAGGAGGAGCACACAGAAAACUACAUAAUUACUGGUGGGCUAGACGACGUCGUGAAAAUAUGGCAGUUGGAUAAUGGCAAGUUGGAAAUGAAACAUGAACUAGAAGGGCAUUCACUUGGACUCAUUUCUAUUGCAAUAAGCCCCGAUGGAAAAACAAUGGCUACUAGUUCUCAAGAUGCAUCCCUCAUUCUAUGGGAUAUCGCUUCCGGAGAAAAGAUUAAACAAAUGGAGACGGGUUCCAAUGACGUGUGGACUUUGGACUUCUCGCCUGAUGGAAAACACCUGAUCUCUGGAAGCAGUGCAGGGAAAAUAUUAAUAUUCAGUGUGGAGAGUGGAAAACAGGAGCAGACAUUAGAUACCAGAGGAAAAUUUACACUAAGUGUAGCUUAUAGUCCAGAUGGAAAAUAUAUAGCAAGUGGUGCUUUAGACGGGAUCAUAAACAUAUUUGACGUGGCACAAGGCAAGCUGGUCCAUACCCUCGAAGGUCACGCCAUGCCAAUCAGAAGCUUAUGUUUCUCUCCGGACUCGCAGUUGCUAUUGACUGCGUCUGAUGAUGGCCAUAUGAAGUUGUAUGAUGUAGUGCAUGCCAAUUUAGCUGGUACUCUAUCAGGACAUGCAUCAUGGGUUUUGUCUGUUGCAUUUUCACCUGACGGCAAAAGAUUUGUGUCAGGUAGUUCUGACCACAGUGUCAGAGUGUGGGAUUUAGAUAGUAUGCAGUGUCAGCAUGUAUUUAAAGAACAUAGUGACCAGGUCUGGGGAGUGAGAUUUAAUGCAGAUAGCAAUAAGAUAGUAUCAAUAUCAGAAGAUAAAAGCAUCAAUAUUUAUGACUGCCCAUUGUAAUAAACAAAAAUAUAUUUAAUAUUAUUUUUA